AAUUACUGUGAUAUCAACCAAGAAGAAGAGAGAAAGAGAUCAAAGAACAAAGAAAUUGACGUUUUUGCACGUCUUCCAGAGUACCACAACAAGACCAUCACCAAGCUGUUUGGCGGCAACUCGCUGUACGGCUGCUAUGCGCUCGCCGUGACAAUCUUCACCCUUGGAAUCGUUCGAGACAGCAUGUACGCAUCCUUUCUCUACCGUCUUGAUCAAGAAGCAACCACCCAUUACGCGCCAAACACACAAACUGCCUUGUCCCACAAAGCACCAACCUUCCCAAAGCGACACAAGAUAUCAAAAGGAUCCCAACUGACCAAAGCUNACGAACGCGCUCUCCGAACUCAACCCACCCACCCGCUCCUGCUGGGCCCGGUCUCUGAGGCCCUAGCCAUCGCUUUGUUCGUAUCCGGCAACGUUCUCGUUCUCACCUCCAUGUACGCUCUCGGCAUCACCGGUACCUACCUCGGCGACUACUUUGGCAUUCUCAUGGACGACAUGGUGACAGGCUUCCCGUUCAACGUUUGCUCGGCUCCCAUGUAUUACGGCUCCACUCUGAGCUUCCUGGGAUCGGCAUUAUGGUUUGGCAAGCCUGCAGGAGUGGUCUUGACAGGACUGGUGUUCUUGGUCUACAAGGUCGCUUUGACGUUCGAGGAUCCUUUUACUGCUGGUAUCUAUGCCGAGAGGGAGAGAAAGCAGAAGGCCGAGGGCAAGAAGGUGCGC